AUGAUGUUUUCUACGACAGAAAAUAGCUUUUGGUUAAAGAAGAUAGAAAUCAGUGUUUCAGAAGCAGAAAAACGAACUGGAAGAAAUGCCAUGAACAUGCAAGAAACGUACACUGCUUACCUCAUUGAAACAAGGUCUGUUGAACAUUCUGAUGGCCAGAGCGUCCUAACAGACUCGCUGUGGAGGCGAUACAGUGAAUUUGAGCUGCUGAGAAACUACCUGUUAGUUUACUACCCACAUAUUGUUGUGCCACCUCUCCCAGAGAAACGGGCAGAAUUCGUGUGGCAUAAGCUCUCUGCAGACAACAUGGAUCCGGAUUUUGUGGAGAGACGCCGGAUUGGGUUAGAAAACUUUCUCUUGAGAGUUGCUUCACAUCCCAUCCUUUGUAGAGACAAAAUCUUCUAUUUGUUUUUAACACAGGAAGGUAACUGGAAAGAGACUGUGAAUGAAACUGGAUUUCAGCUGAAGGCAGACUCCAGGUUAAAAGCGCUUAAUGCAACAUUCAGAGUGAAAAACCCAGACAAGAGAUUUACUGAACUGAAGCACUACAGCGAUGAGCUGCAGGCCGUCAUCGCACAUCUUCUCCGCGUCAGAGCCAGAGUAGCAGAUCGACUCUACGGUGUAUAUAAAGUACAUGGGAAUUAUGGACGAGUCUUCAGUGAAUGGAGUGCCAUAGAAAAAGAAAUGGGUGAUGGACUGCAGAGUGCUGGCCAUCACAUGGAUGUGUAUGCAUCUUCUAUUGAUGACAUUUUGGAAGAUGAAGAACACUAUGCAGAUCAGUUAAAGGAAUAUCUUUUUUAUGCCGAAGCAUUGCGGGCGGUGUGCAGGAAACACGAACUCAUGCAGUAUGAUCUGGAGAUGGCGGCUCAGGACCUGGCCUCCAAGAAGCAGCAGUGCGAGGAGCUGGCCACCGGGACGGUGAGAACAUUCUCUUUGAAGGGAAUGACUACCAAGCUCUUCGGUCAAGAAACUCCGGAACAGAGAGAAGCCAGAAUAAAGGUGCUAGAAGAGCAGAUAAGUGAAGGUGAACAGCAGCUGAAGUCUAAGAAUUCGGAAGGCAGAGAAUUCGUGAAAAAUGCGUGGGCUGAUAUUGAACGCUUCAAAGAACAAAAGAACCACGACUUGAAGGAGGCCCUCAUAAGCUAUGCAGUCAUGCAGAUCAGCAUGUGCAAGAAGGGAAUUCAAGUCUGGACCAAUGCUAAGGAGUGCUUUAGCAAGAUGUGACCCUGUGAAAGGACUCUCAGUCUUCAAUCAAAGUGCCCCAAAACAGAAGCACAAGUUCAUAAAUUUAAGUUGCUAUCCAGUAUAUGUAAAAAUACACAAUAAGUUGAAUAAAUUCAACUUUCUUUAACUUGAUUGUAGGUGUGUUACAAUAGCACAAAAAGGAUGUAUUUUAAUGACGAUUAAACAUUAUAAUUAGAGGUUUUGGGGACUGGUGCUGAUUUUAAAAAGUUCAUUUAAUAACAUAGCAACAGAUAGUUCGUCGGGCCUCUGAACCAUGACUCAGUGUCGGGAUGUUCCCUUCCAGCCGACUUUCAGAUAUCUGAAUGCAGGGCGUUUCUUCCUAAGACGGGACGCCUG